AUGCCUGAGAAUCUGGUGGCGAUCACAUCGCCGGAAACCUUCACGCAGCUGAUGCAGCAGGACCUAAACCGCAUUACGCUGCUUAAUUUCUGGGCGCCGUGGGCCCAGCCGUGCGAGCAGAUGAACAAUGCGAUUACCGAAUUUGCAAAGCGCUACCCCCAAAUCAUGUUUAUGAACGUCGAGGCCGAGGAGCAGCCGGAUGUGUCUGAAUCAUUCGAUGUCGAGGCCGUCCCGACAAUCAUUAUCUUGCGUGGCCACACUUUGCUUUCGAAAAUUUCCGGCGCCAACGUUGCCGCCUUAUCGGAGUCGUUGGCGGUACAUGCUGCGGCGCCGCCACAGCGUGCAUUUGGCGGCGUCUCGCACUCGAAUGUUGCACCACAGGCUGCGCCUGCGAAUUACGAAGCCAUGCAGCGCGGCCCCUUGAUGAACGAGCCGCUGGAUGGGACGGACGAGCUGCUGCAUGCGCUACCGCCCGCCAUGAAGGUCGAUGCAGAGUCGCCGCAAGAUACGGAACGGCGGUGCCGCGAGCUGAUGACACGGUCAAAAGUAAUGCUAUUCAUAAAAGGCCGUCCUGAUAUGCCUCGUUGCGGUUUCAGCCAAAAGACGGUUGCGCUCUUGCGCGAGCAGAAAGUCGACUUUGACUACUACGAUAUUCUUUCUGACGAGAACGUGCGACAGAAACUGAAGCAGAUAAACGACUGGCCGACGUUCCCGCAGAUCAUUGUGAAUGGCGAGCUUAUCGGUGGCCUCGAUAUCGUCAAGAACUAUACAUCCUUUCCGGCCGUGAGCACGGAGGAGCUGCUUUCAGUGCUGAAUGAGAUAGGGUUGCAUGUGGCAGCGGAAGAUGUAGUCAAGCCGCAGAGCAGCAUGGCGCAGAAAGUGUACACGGCGUUCCUCGAUACGCUCGCUGGGACGCUGCCGGAAUCGCUCGAUGCGCAGCGCGACGCAGUCGUGGCGGAUAUGGAAUACAAGGAAAUAUUCAGCGACAGUGUCACAUGGCUCCUCUUUUUCCGUGAAGUACGCGCGAUGAUGGAGGCCGCUACCGUGCACGAUUUUCACCUGCAAGACUUGACGCGUCCACAGCCCAAGCGAUUUAAGCGGCACAUGUCUGCCCUGGUCAAUUUUUUCCGCUUCCGCGCCGACCGCCUCGCGGAAUUUGACGAGUUGGUUCUCGCGACCGAGGAGCUAGAAAACAAGCGGAUCGCCCUCGAGGACGGUGUCGAGGAAGCGCGGCUUGCCAUCACAACGACAAUUGCGACACGGAAACAACAAGAGCCACACGUGAAGCAGCUCCGGCAGGAGAAUUUGGCGCACUCUGACAAACUAUUGGAGCUCAAAAAAGAGCAAGGCAAGCUGCUCGCCGAGGUCGACACUCUCAAGGUCGAGAAGGCCGAAGCCGUACAGAAGCAGACGGAUGUGCAAUACCAGCUACAACUGCUUGCUGCGGAGCUGAACAAGCUGCACGCACGGCUCGUCUCGCACCCCACCGAGCUCCGCAAGCAGCUCACCGAGCUUCACGGCCAAAUGCACAGCGAUCGCGCAUCCCUUGUGGAGCACGAGCGCAAAGCAAAGGAGCUGCGUGGCAAGAUGGACGUACUUGUCCAGCUUGAGUCGGACCUGAGCGCAUGCAUCGUGGCGAUGGAGCAAGUUGCCGCAGAGCUGGAGCGCGCGUCGAGAGAAGCCCAUGCACUGGACGAGGCCAAGGCGACGAUUGCGCUGCACGAAGAGGAGCAGUCUACACUGCAGCGGCGCAUGGAGCACGUAGAGAAUCAGGUCCAGCUUGCGAAUACGCGCUUAGAGCGUGCGCGCAAGACGCUGGAGGAGCAGCGCGCGGCGAGUCAGGCGCGUAUGGACGAUCUUACUGCGCGCCUUGGCGAGGUAUCGCGGAAUCGGAGGGAGCGCCAUGCGCUCGCAGAGCUACGGAAUGGCGAGAGUGCAGAUGUGGAGCGCGAGCUGGAAUCGGUGCUCCAGGAGCACGAGGCGCAUUAUGCCAAGAUGCAGCUGGAGAAGGAUGCGCUAUGCCGGACAGCGUCGGCGUAUAUGGACGCGUUGACGCGCACCAUCCCACUAGAGAUGUAG